GUUCGAACGCCCAGCAGAGGACGCUUGUGGAGACAUUUGACGUCCGUGAGCCAUUUUGCUGAGCGACAGCAACUUCAGCAGCCUUCUUCCUGAUGCAAGUAUGUCAGCAAGUCCCCGAAAGGAGAAAACCCGAGAAAUGUGAAGCCAUAGGACGCCGAGGAGGACGAGCGAGACGCGUCCAUUUCACGUCGCCGUCCAUGUCGUCGGAAAGCAGCUCGCCACCGCCGUCGCCUUCGACUCCCUCGCCGUCACCCAUCCCACCCGACGACCGACCCGGCAUCCCUGCUCACGAUGUCUCCGCCCCCGGCGUCUCCUUCCUGCUCCAGAUUGGACUAACCCGGGAGCCGCUGACCCUGGACGCCAACAACCUCUCACUGUCGGCCAUCGUUGAGCUCAUCUGCGCCAUCCUCGACCACAAGUUCCCAGAAUGCGGCUUGACGCGGAUGCACGACAAGAUCCUGCUCUUCCGCCACGACCUGAACUCGGACAACAUCCUGCAGCGGGUCACCGCCGCCGAGGACAUACGCGAGGGCGACCUGGUGGAGGCGGUUCUGUCGGCUCUCGCUUCAUCGGACGACUUGCAGACGUGCCCUCACGUGCUGUGCGUGCACUCGUACCGUGCGCCGGCCUUCUGCGAUCACUGCGGCCAGAUGCUGUGGGGGCUCGUACGCCAAGGCCUCAGAUGUGAAGGUUGUGGUCUGAACUUCCACAAGCGUUGCGCAAUGACAAUUCCAAACAAGUGCAGCGGCGUCAAGAGGAGACGAGCCUCCAACGUCUUGCUGAGCGGCGCUCCCGCAUCUCUUCAGCGCCGACCGUCUGCCGAGCUCCCCAAACAUUGCAGCACGCCGCAGGAUGAGCAGCGCCCCCUUCUGGGCGCCAGGAAUCGUACGCACGGCGUCCGUCCGGCCUGGUUGGCCAAAACGGCCUCGGGGGGCGUCAAGCUGCCGCACACGUUCGCCGUGCACACGUACGCGCGACCCACCGUGUGUCAGCACUGCCAGCGUCUGCUCAAGGGUCUCUUCCGACAAGGCCUGCAGUGCAAAGAUUGCAAGUUCAACUGUCACAAGAGAUGCGCCGACAAAGUUCCUCGAGACUGCUUGGGGGAGGUCAACGGAGAAGGAACAUCCAGUCCCAUCCUGGACUCGGAGGUGCACAACGGAGACGUCAACGAACAGGAGCGAGGGGCGGCGUCGGAGGACCGCAACGACGACAAUGGGAGCCCUCCGACCGGCAGCAACAUCCCCCUGAUGCGAGUGGUCCAGUCCAUCAAACACGCCAAGCGGAGAAGCUCCACUGUGGUCAAAGAAGGUUGGAUGGUCCACUACACCAGUCAUGACAACAUGAGGAAGCGACAUUUCUGGUGUCUGGACUGCAAAAGUCUUACACUCUUCCAGAACCACAGCGGAGCUAAGUUCUACAAGGAGAUGUCGCUGUCCGAGAUCCUGCGCGUGGAGGCGUCGCAGGAAGCGGCCGGCCCGACGGCGGGCAGCAGCGCCCCGUGCUUCCGCUUGGUCCUGGCGUCCGGCGCCGUCUAUUACGUCGGCGAGGACGACGGCGGCGCGUCUCGGGAAACGGGCCGCAGCUGGGAGAAGGCCAUCCGCCGGGCCAUGAUGCCCCUCACGGCCAAAGGCACCGGAAAGGGGCGGGACCACGAGGAGCUCGCCAUCAGCAUAUCAGUUUGCAACUCGCAGAUCCAAGAGAACGUGGAUAUCAGCUCCGUCUAUCAAAUCUUUUCUGACGACGUUCUCGGCUCAGGACAAUUUGGUGUCGUCUAUGGAGGUCAGCACAGAAAGAGCGGUCGCGACGUGGCCAUCAAGAUCAUCGACAAGAUGAGAUUCCCCACCAAGCAGGAGAGUCAGCUGCGCAACGAGGUGGCCAUCUUGCAGAAGCUGCGGCACCCCGGCGUGGUAAACCUGGACUGCAUGUUCGAGACCCCCGAGCGGGUCUUUGUGGUCAUGGAGAAGCUUCACGGUGACAUGUUGGAGAUGAUCCUGUCCAGUGAGAAGAGCCGUCUGCCUGAGCGUCUGGCCAAGUUCUUGGUGACGCAGAUCUUGGUGGCCCUCAGACAUCUCCAUUUUAAGAACAUCGUCCACUGUGACCUGAAGCCUGAAAACGUCCUCCUAGCCUCGGCGGAACCUUUGCCUCAGGUACAAAGACAACAAAUUGCUCUUCCCGAACGUCGUCGUGCAUCUCUUCUUCCUCUUCCUCAGGUGAAGCUGUGCGACUUUGGCUUCGCCCGCAUCAUCGGCGAAAAGUCCUUCCGGCGCUCGGUGGUGGGAACGCCGGCCUACCUGGCGCCGGAGGUUCUCUGCAACAAAGGCUACAACCGCUCGCUGGACAUGUGGUCGGUGGGCGUCAUCGUCUACGUCAGCCUGAGCGGAACCUUCCCUUUCAACGAGGACGAGGACAUCGACGAGCAGAUCCACAACGCUGCCUUCAUGUACCCGCCCGGUCCCUGGAAGGAGAUCUCAGGGGAUGCGACGGACUUGAUCAACAACCUGCUGCAGGUAAAGCUGAGGAAGCGCUACAGCGUGGACAAGUCCCUCAGUCACCCAUGGCUGCAGGACUACGACACCUGGAAAGACCUUCGGGAUUUGGAGACGCGGCACGGCGACCGCUACAUCACGCACCAGAGCGACGAUGCACGUUGGGAGGAAUUUGCUGGCCACCAGGAGGAGCCCUAGUCCCCAAACGGACGUUUGGAA